AUGACCGUUACAGAACAGCAACGUUAUCUCCUUAUCAGAGCAGGAAAUGCCAUCUUAUCAGACAAGCAUGAACAAAUUCCUGCAGAGGUUCUUGUCGACAAAAGUUCUGGAAAAAUUGUUGAAAUUGCUGUUAACGGCCAACAAUGUGCUACCAAAGUUAACGAAGAAGAUCUCGAAGUGAUCACACUUGAAGAAGACCAAGUUUUGAUGCCUGGUUUAGUUGACGCUCAUGUUCAUUUAAACGAACCUGGACGUACAGAAUGGGAAGGAUUUGAAACCGGUACAAAAGCAGCAGCAGCAGGUGGUAUUACAACUGUCAUCGAUAUGCCACUCAACGCCAUUCCUCCUACAACUACUGUUGAAAACUUUGAUAUCAAAUUAAAUGCAGCCAAGGGCCAAUGCCAUGUUGAUGUUGGAUUCUGGGGAGGCGUCGUGCCUGAUAAUGCUCAAGAAUUACCUGCCCUUAUGAAGAAGGGUGUGCGUGGCUUCAAAUGUUUUUUGAUUGAAAGUGGUGUUGAUGAAUUCCCUUGUGUUAAUGAGGCCGAAGUUCGUUUGGCAAUGGAUCAAAUGAUCAACUCAGACCGUGUCUUAUUAUUCCAUGCCGAAAUGGAAGGUUGUAAUGAUCAUGGGGAAGGAAAGAAUGUUGAACACAAAGAUCACCUCAACGAAAGGACUUAUGCCAGCUUCUUAAACUCUCGUCCUCAACAACUUGAAACUAACGCCAUUGAGAUGAUUAUUCGCUUGACAAAGGAAUAUUUCGACCAAGGCAAACCUGUCAAAACACAUAUUGUCCACCUUUCAGCAGCCAAUGCCAUUCCUGCUAUUCGCGAAGCCAAAGCAGUUGGUGUUCCCCUUACUGUCGAGACAUGUUUCCACUAUCUCAACUUUACAGCAGAAGCCAUUGAAGAUGGUGCUACUCAUUAUAAAUGUUGUCCUCCUAUUCGUGAAGCCUCUAACCGAGAAAAGCUCUGGGAAGCUUUGUUAGAUGGUACUAUCGACUACGUUGUUAGUGAUCAUUCUCCUUGCACUGCACAGCUCAAGAAGCAAGAAACUGGUGAUUUUGGUCAAGCUUGGGGCGGUAUUGCUAGUGUUCAAUUUGGUCUACCAGUCCUCUGGACAGAAGGUCGUAAGCGUGGUAUUACUCUUCAACAAUUAGUUCACUGGCUCAGUACAGUUCCUUCUCAACGAACAAAGUUAGACCACAAGAAGGGUGAGAUCAAGGUGGGAAAUGACGGUGACUUGGUCAUUUGGCGCCCUGAAGCCAAGUUUGAAAUCAGAGUUUCUGACAUCCACUUUAAGAACAAGCUUUCUCCAUAUGUCGGUGAGAACCUCUAUGGUGUCGUUGAUCGUACCAUUGUUCGUGGUUCUACUGUUUAUAAUCAACAAACCAAGGGCCUCUUCGCUCAAGAACCCCUUGGUCGCCCAUUACUCGAAUAA